UCCGCCCGCAGCCCCCGCUGCCCGGCUUCUCCCCAGGCUUGAAAUGAUGACAGCAAGGAGCUUUAGGCGCUUCCUAGUGUUGCUGGGGGUUUUCCCUCUGGUCACAAGGGCAUGGAUGGAUGUGGACCAGAGCAGAAGCCUGUAUUCGGAUGUGGGGAGGUUGCAUCAAGAGGACUCCAAAAGGUUUGAAGUUACAAGAAGAAAAGUGCUGUACAGGCAGGACAGCCUGCACGCCUCCUGUGAGAAGAAGUACUGCGGCCGGGGCAGCAAGUGUGUGCUGAACAGGGACACAAACCAGCCCGAGUGCAGGUGUGUCGAGGACUGCAAAUCCAGCUACAUGCCUGUCUGUGGAUCUGAUGGCAGGUUCUAUGAAAAUCACUGUCAGCUGCAUCAAGCCUCAUGUCUGCAGAGGAAGAAAAUCUACAUUAUCCAUAGCAAGGACUGUUUCUUCAAAGGUGACACCUGUACAAUGGCAUACUACAGCCAGCUCAAGAGCAUCCUGCUGGACCUGCAGGCUCGCCGGCAGAGCCCACCCAGCAGCCUGGCCAAGGACAGAGUAGCCCAGAAGCGCUUCCUAACUGAAGAGCUGUUUAAGCACUUGGAUCUGAACAGUGAUGGGCAUCUCAGCAGCUCUGAACUGGCUCAGCUAAUGAAGAAGGAGGAGCUGGAAGAUGAUUUACUGGGUUGUACACUGGAAGACCUUCUCCAGUUUGAUGAUUACAACAACGACGGCCGCCUGACCCUGCAGGAGCUCUACACAGCCUUCCAGGUGGUUCAGCUGAGCCUGCCAGAGGACCAGAGGGUCACUGUGACCACCAUCACUGUUGGCCUCAGCACCGUCCUGACCUGCAGCAUCCGUGGGGCGCUGCGACCUCCCAUCAUUUGGAAACGCAAUGGUGUCGUCCUCAACUUCCUCGACCUCGAGGACAUCAACGAUUUUGGAGAAGAUGAUUCCCUCUACAUCACCAAGGUAACAACUAUUCACAUGGGCAAUUACACCUGUCAUGCCUAUGGCUAUGAAGAGCUGUAUCAGACCCAUAUCCUUCAGGUGAAUGUGCCUCCAGUGAUCCGUGUCUACCCCGAAACACAGGCGCAGGAGCCGGGCGUGUCAGCAAGCCUGAAAUGUCACGCUGAAGGCAUCCCUAAUCCCCGAAUUUCCUGGCUGAAGAACGGCAUUGAUAUCAUGCCAAAACUAUCCAAACAACUAUCGCUCCUCGCAAAUGGAAGUGAACUUCAUAUCAGUAGUGUUCGGUAUGAAGACACUGGUGCCUACACCUGCAUUGCUAAAAAUGAGGUGGGAGUGGACGAGGACAUAUCUUCCCUUUUCAUCGAAGAUUCAGCGAGAAAGACUCUUGCAAACAUACUGUGGCGAGAGGAAGGCCUGAGUGUUGGGAAUAUGUUCUAUGUCUUUUCUGAUGAUGGGAUCACAGUCCUUCAGCCAAACGAAUGUGAAAUCCAGAGACGUAUCAGGCCUGAAGAGAGGAUUUUCACAAGUUAUGAGGAGAUCUGUCCUAGAGUGGAAGAUGAAGACACUCAGUCCUGCCUCUGGGCUUCAGCAGUCAAUGUCAGAGACAAGUACAUUUAUGUGACACAGCCAAAGCAGAACAGAGUAAUAAUAAUUGAUAUCCAGACUCAAAAAGCCAUACAGUCUUUGGAUGUGGACCCAUUACCAACCAAAUUACAUUACGACAAGUCUCACGACCAAGUGUGGGUGCUCAGCUGGGGGAACAUGAGGCAAUCAUCACCCACACUGCAGGUAAUUCCAGAGGCGAGUGCUGGGGAGGAUCCACAUGUUAUCCACACACCCUUUGAAGGAGUGGAUGAUUUUUUUAUACCACCUACAAAUCUUAUUAUUAAUCAUGUUAGGUUUGGCUUCAUUUUUAACCAGACAAAACAAGCAGUUCACAAGAUUGACCUGGAAACUGUGACCCACAUCAAGACCAUCGACCUCCAAGCCUACAGCUGCGUGCCUCAGGCCAUGGCCUACACACACCUGGGUGGCUACUACUUCGUGCAGUGCAGGAGGAAGCGCUCGGCACCGCUGCAGCUCAUCAUCGACAGCGUCACCGACACCGUCAUCGGCCCCAAUGGCGCCGUGGCGGGCGCGCCCCACGUGUCGCCCGACGGGCGCUACCUGGUCAGUGCCGACCAAGGCAGCGGCAGGAUCAGCGUCCAGGCUCUAACUGUCCGAGGGGAAAUCAAGUUGAUUUAUGAUUUAAAAACAAACAUACACGUUUCUGAUGUCACGUUUCAACCCUCUUUCACUGAAGGCAAUCAGUACUAUAUAUAUGCUACUUCACAUCUGCAGACAGAUGUGCUUUUUGUAGAGCUGUCAACAGGCAUAAUGAAUGUACUGAAGAAUUUAAAGGACCCUAUCACACCCAAAGACUGGCCCUGGAGCAGCUACAACAGAAUUAUGAAAGACAGUGGAUUAUUUGGACAGUAUCUCGUUACACCAGCUAAAGAUUCUUUGUUUGUUAUAAAUGGGAGACAAAAUACAUUACGCUGUGAGGUUUCAGGUAUAAGGAGGGGUAACACAGUGGUUUGGGUUGGGGAGGUAUGA